GCUCCCCUUGUCGUUGCACAAGGGCCUGCUCCGCCCUCAGGGCCGGGCUCCCCCUGGGUACGGGUAGAAAGAUCGGCUCCGCCCCCAGACACUAGGCUAGGGGCCGUACAAGGGUCUGUUCCACCCUGGGCGGUCCCCUCUUUUAAACGCAAGUCUUCGGAGAAUCUCACUCAAACCAUGACGAGUCUGGAGAAGUCUAACAACGCAGGCCACAUGUUCGACGUAGUCGUGAUUGGAGGCGGCAUCUCAGGAUUGGCUGCUGCCAAACUCUUGUCUGAAUAUAAAAUUAAUGUCUUGGUUUUGGAAGCUCGUGAUAGAGUUGGAGGAAGAACAUAUACUGUGAGGAAUGAGCAUGUUAAAUGGGUAGAUGUUGGCGGAGCCUAUGUGGGACCAACCCAGAACAGAAUUUUACGCUUGUCUAAAGAGCUAGGCAUAGAGACUUAUAAAGUGAAUGUCAAUGAGCGUCUAGUUCAAUAUGUCAAGGGGAAAACUUACCCAUUUCGUGGUGCGUUUCCACCUGUGUGGAAUCCCUUGGCAUAUUUGGAUUAUAACAAUCUGUGGAGGACAAUGGACGAAAUGGGAAAAGAGAUCCCUGUUGAUGCACCAUGGCAAGCAAGACAUGCUGAGGAAUGGGACAAGAUGACCAUGAAAGAUCUCAUUGAUAAAAUCUGCUGGACAAAAACUGCUCGGGAAUUUGCUUCUCUUUUUGUGAACAUCAAUGUGACUUCUGAGCCUCAUGAGGUAUCCGCCCUGUGGUUCUUGUGGUAUGUGAAGCAGUGUGGUGGCACCACUCGGAUAUUCUCAGUCACCAAUGGAGGCCAGGAACGAAAAUUUGUAGGUGGAGCUGGCCAAGUAAGUGAAAAGAUGAUGGAUCUUCUUGGGGAUAAAGUGAAACUGAACUCUCCUGUUACUUAUAUUGACCAAACAGAUGACAACAUCAUUGUAGAGACACUGAAUCAUGAACACUAUGAGUGUAAAUAUGUAAUUAGUGCCAUUCCACCAACUUUGACUGCCAAGAUACACUUCAAGCCAGAGCUUCCACCUGAGAGAACCCAGUUAAUUCAGCGUAUUCCGAUGGGGGCUGUCAUCAAGUGCAUGGUAUAUUACAAGGAAGCCUUCUGGAAGAAAAAGGACUAUUGUGGAUGCAUGAUAAUUGAAGAUGAGGACGCACCAAUUGCAAUCACUCUGGAUGACACCAAACCAGAUGGAUCAGUGCCUGCCAUCAUGGGCUUCAUACUUGCCCGGAAAGCUGAUCGACUUGCUAAACUACAUAAAGAAAUAAGGAAGAGGAAAAUCUGUGAGCUCUAUGCCAAAGUUCUGGGAUCUCAAGAAGCUUUACAUCCAGUCCAUUAUGAAGAGAAGAACUGGUGUGAAGAGCAGUACUCUGGAGGUUGCUACACAGCCUACUUCCCUCCCGGCAUCAUGACACAGUAUGGAAGGGUGAUUCGCCAGCCAGUGGGCAGAAUUUACUUUGCAGGCACGGAGACAGCUACACAGUGGAGUGGUUACAUGGAAGGAGCAGUCCAAGCUGGAGAACGAGCAGCUAGAGAGGUCUUGAAUGCUCUAGGAAAAGUUGCCAAGAAAGACAUAUGGGUUCAAGAGCCUGACUCUAAGGAUGUUCCAGCAUUUGAAAUUACCCACACCUUCUUGGAGAGGAACCUGCCUUCCGUGCCAGGGCUACUAAAGAUCACUGGUUUUUCCACCUCUGUGGCUCUUCUCUGCUUUGUAUUGUACAAGUUUAAACUGCUGCCGUGAUCCUGAAUUUUUUUCACCCUCAGGCCUCCUGCUUGAUCAUCCUUAGCACCAUCACCAUUAAAAGAAAAAUGUGGAUGAAUUACAGCCUGGGUCACUGGGCCAUUCAAGUGCACUUGAUUUAACCCUCCUCAGUUUAAUCUCGGUCUUUGUAAAGUGAUAACAAUGCAAAGAAUCACCUAGCUAAUUUUAGUAAGAUUAAGUUUCAUUCUGUUUAUUACACUAAUUUGUGUUUGCUGGUAGAAUAAAAUCCUGUGAGUAUUUGAUUUCAAAAAGGUGAAAUACUUGUGAGGAAUAAUUUCUGGGUUCUGUUUUUCUUGCCUUUAACGCAAAAUAGUUGAUGGUUUCAGAAAUAAAACAUUUGACUUAUUGUGAUUUUCAUGUAGCUACCCAAAUGUGCAGAAUAAAAUGGUGGCUGAAAUGUUCUCUAGGUAUCCUCACUGACCAGUUCCAUGUGAGACAAACUACAAUAGGUACUUUCUUUUCUAAACUGUAUCUAAACAUGAAUUGGCCCUUGUAAGUAACAUUCUGUGCUGAUUUAAAGAAAGUAGCAUUUUUUCAUAGAAUUGGAUCCCUAAACCACCUGUGUCUUCAAUGUGGUUAAAUAUUAGUAUGUAUGCCAUUUUCUCUCAAGUACCGAAGGACACAUAAAAUUUUCUCUAUUGUUAUUUAUUGAGACAGUCAAAUACAGAAAUAAAAUUAAGGCUCAAUCUGAUAACAUUACUUGUUUUAAUUAUUAGGUUUUAUGACAACAAUUAAAUUAAAUGAUUUUAUAUACCCAGAUUGAGUUCUUGAUCUUAGAAGUAUUGAGUAUUGUGAGCCUGGAAUUGUACCUAUCUAUUCUCUUUUCUAUUUGAAAAAAAAAAAUACUGUCAAUUAAAAGAAAAAAAAAAACACUUUCCAUAGGUUUCAACCACAAAGCCCUUCCUCUUUUAAAAAAAUAUAAACAUAUUUUUUAUUUAAGAAAAAUUAAAAGAUUGCUAGCACAUGCCAGUCAACCCAAGUUUAUUACACUAGAUUUGUCCUAAAUACAAACUUAAACCUCUGGAUGAUGAUGUGAGGACUUGAGAUAUUUAAAGUUUUGCCCAUUCUAAGAGCAAAGAUCUAGUUUUUCUGCCCUGCUUUAUCUUGUAAUUCAAAAGCAUUUUAACUAACUUAAAAGAUUCAGUGAUGUCUUAUUCUCCAGUACAUAAGGAGUUGCCUGGGUUCAUAUCAAACUGCAGUGAGAAUUCUCAUCACUAAUCUGUUAGAGUUGUGUGUAUUAACUUACUGAUUAACUCAGCCCUGACACACCUUGAGAAAUGAUUUAAACAGCUGAACUGGCAAUGGUUCUAACAGUAUUCAGAUUAUUAGCAUUGAACUAUUGAACGUUGAAAAUCUCCUGACUUUGCAGUUUACCCUCUUCUGCUUCUUAGAAAUCCAAUUAAUCCAUCCUAAUGAUAUCAAUCCUAUUAAGCUACAGCUUGGGUAUUAAAAUGAUUUCUAGUACAGAUGCACUUUGAUAUGUAAUGAGAGUUGAGAAACACCAUACAUGAGGUUGUCUACCACAAAGAUAUAACAUAGAUCUUUUCUCUAUGACAGAGGAAAAAAAAGUCAUUUUAAGAGGUUGAUAAUCCUAAUCCCCUUCGCAGUUCUGAAUACCAGUUGGCCUUUUUAAUAAUUAGGAUGAGAAUUAGAUAUAAGAAGUACACCUUUUUGUCACAGCUGUUAAAUAUGGACUCAUUAUGAUGAAAAAAGUUAAACUUUACUGAAAGACCGUGAACUUUAUUUUGCUUGAUGAUUGUGAACUUGGUGCCCAAUGUUCCAUGUCCAAUGUUGGCCCCAGUGCUACAUGUGAAUGUUUGUCUAUGUAUAUGAUUUGACACUGAAGUAAGAUUUUGUCUGUAUGGUACUGGGUUUUGUUGUUAAUAAAAUGUGAUGCCACCUUCA